UAGCCUGCUUUCUCUUUUAUCUUCCAGCCCUGUAUAUGUGUUGUGCGAACAAGAACCUGACACAGCAAAGGACUCCUGAUGCUCCAUCUUUUCCUUUAACUGGUCCACCAAAUAAGGACUAAUGGAUCUAAAACGGCUUGAUUUCUCACUGAAAACAGUUUUCUGCCUCCUGGUUGUGUUCACCGUCAACGCUUUCGGUCAAACAUUAUGCACUGUUCCAGACACAGUGAGAGUAAAAGAGAACAACACUAUUGGUGAAACAGUUGCUACAUUAAUCUUGGAGGAUGGGGUGAGCGCCGUUAUCACAGGAAACCCUCAUGAGGCUUUCGGCAUAAACGGCAAUCUGCUGGUGGCAAUCAUAGUUCUGGACUUUGAGGCUCUUCCUAUUGAAGUUCUAUUUGUUGAGUUAGAAUGCAGAAAAGAAGGAGUGAAUUCAGUACCUAAACGUGUGACUGUGAUUGUGGAAAAUAUUAAUGACAAUCCUCCAGUGUUUGCACAGAGCCAAUAUGACCUGUCAGUUGAUGAGCUAACACAGGUCGGUACAAGUAUUGGCAGAAUUGAGGCUACAGACCUCGACAAAGAUCAACUGUUCUACUGGCUUGAGUCUCCCAUGAAUGAAUUUGGGCUGCUGUCAGCCAUCAUUCCACAGAUUCAGGUUCAGACGAUUCUGGAUUAUGACACCACUCAAGAAGUCAAUAUGAUGCUCUUUGUUCAGGAUACACCUUUAUCAACAUCAGAGACACCAUCUCAUACUGCCUCAACCUCCGUCAAAGUCUCUGUCUUAGACAUCAAUAACCGACCACCGUGGUUCCAGCCUUGCACAGAGUCUGCUAUUGGCUUCACCAAAGUCUGCCUCAACUCUGGCUAUGAAGGGAAAGUCAACCUAAAUGAACAAGUGACUGGCGCUUUAAUUCUUGAUCCUGGUCCAGUCCAUGCCAUUGACGGAGACAAAGGCAGGAAUGAAGAAAUUGGCUACAGAAUUCUCGCAGGAAAUGAGAAUGAAAUCUUCAGUAUUGAUCAAAACACUGGCAGCAUUACAAUGCAGAAGGCAGUGGCUGUGGCAGGAUCAAUCAUACUGACAGUAAUGGCCUAUGAGGUGUUGACCCCAGACCAGCUUGCCACCACCACUGUCACAAUACACGUAGUUAUCACCAGCGCCCACCCGCCAGAGUUUGUCAAAUCCAGUUAUAAGGGCUUCAUCUCAGAAGAUGUAGAUGUGGGCAGCCUGGUGCUGGAAAGCAAGACCAGCAACAAACCCCUGCACGUUCAGGCCACAGAUGCAGACUUCAGUGAUGGAGUGAAUCCUAACAUUAUAUUCGAGGUUCAAGGUGGCAGUGACUUCAGAAUCACUACAGAGGGCUUCAUUCUCAUGACUAGUGCAGCCCCUGUAGGCGUGAUUGACCUGACCAUACGUGUAGUUGAUAGUACCAAUGGUGAAUUCGGCACAGCCUCUCUGUCUGUGGAAGUCACUCCAGGGGUCCCUACGACUACCACAGAAAUGCCCACCACAACCAUCCCUACCACUAUCAUAACCAAAGACAUAGUUACAAGCCCUCCCAAAACUACAGGCAUGAUCACAAGCCCUGCCAAAACCACAGACAUGAUCACAAGCCCUGCCAAAACCACAGACAUGAUCACAAGCCCUGCCAAAACCACAGAUGUGGUUACACAGCUAACAGAGAGCUCCUCCAAUCCGGUUAUUACCACUAACACUACUCCGAGUCCUCAAACAGAAGCAUUGCCUGGGCUGGGGGGAGACUUUAAGACGAGGGAUAUGGUGGCCCUGGGGGCUAGUCUGGCUGUUGUGCUGCUUAUCUGCCUGGUGCUCAUUGGGCUGCUGGUGUACCGCCUCAAGCAGCAAAAUGCAGACUGGAAGAAGCUGUCUGAGGCCAGCAUCUUCUGCAGCACGCUGACUGGGGGCUCAUCUGGACCUAAAAACGGAGUGCAGUACACUAAUGAGGGCUUCCAGAAUGACAGAGAUGUGGACAGUAUGAGCUCCAAGCAGGCAGCAGAGUUGCCCCUGCCGCUGGGGCCGGCACUGAGCCGCAGUGUGCCACAACAGCCAGAGAAACAGAGCAGCACUCCAACUCUGCAGAGCAGAACCAGUGAUGACAGCGGCUCUCCUCCUGCAGACUCCAGCAGCCUGAGUGCCUCAGACAACUUCGACAGUGAGAAGGAGGUGAAGCCCAUUCUCACCAAGGAACGGCGCGUGGAGGACGGCUACAAAGCAGUGUGGUUUAAGCAGGACAUCGAUCCCAAUGUCAAGGAAGAAGUGGUCAUCAUCCCUGACAGUGGAGAGAGGGAUGUCAGCCACGACGAGGAGGAGGAAGAUGAUGAGGAAGAUACAAACGUGACCAUGUCCACACGGCGAAGGGGCUCAGACUCAGAUGAUGAUGACUUGUAGCCUGCUGAUCUAGGGGGCUGGUGGAGAACUGUCAGUUAGCACAGCACUCACACUCAUCAAACUAGGGUCUCACCAGCAAAACUUAUCCUCAUUCUGGUGAAUCAUAGCUAAGAAGGGAAUACAAUACAAGAUGUAUUGCUCACACUUUAACACACUUUUGAUAGGGAUAAAUACAGUCAUAACAUUAUUUAUGGCUCUGUAUUGCCUUCAUACAUUUGUUUUGCUAGGCUACACAUAUAGCACUGUGUGAAAGACAGAAUAUCCUUCAUUAAUUUAAUUACCUCUCUAACCAGUCAUUAAGUACAUGCCAUAUUUAACAGAAUUUAAAUAGAAAUUUAAAUCUAAUAUAUUUUUGGUUUAGUAUUUAUUGUGUCCACCUUUAUUUCAGUGUCCAUUCUUUCCAGGACACUUGCUCUCAGUUUUUUGAAGAAAUCUGCAAGGAUAUUUUUCCACACCCAGAAAGUUCAGUCUUAGAAGUUGGUUGCAUUUUCUGCUUCUCACGAUCCAACAUUCAGUGGUGUUGAGUUCUGGACUCUGAGAUAGUCAGUUCAUUGUUCUGACAACAAAAGUAGCUUCACAAGCAGCUGUUUAAUUAGAAAAUGUACUUCUUUUUUGUAGCUGAAGCUUUCUUGUCUCUCUCAAAGAUGAAAGCUUUGAGUAAUGUUUUUCUACUUACCGGGCCGGGGCGAUACUUACUUACCUGGCAGGGGCAAUACCAUGAUCACGAAGGUGGUUCACCCAGGGUGAGGCUCUGCCAUUGCACUUGGGUGGUGCUGACCCUUGCGAAUUCCCCAAUUAUGGGAAUCUUGACUGCAUAAUUUCUGGUAGUGGGGGAUUGCGUUCGCUCUCUCCCCUGACAAUUGGGUAGUUGUGGGCUGAAGGUUAGGUAACUGGCCCUGUGACCAGAAGGUUGCCAGUUCGAUCCCCAGAUCCAACAGUCCAUGACUGAGGUGUCCUUGAGCAAGACACCUAACCCCCAGUUGCUCCCUGGGCGCUGU